AUGGCGGAACGAGCGGCAGAAAGUAGUAGCCGGACGAUCUCCGACGAGGUGGGUCGUGAGGUCGUCUCUGACGAGGAGGAGAACCUAGAGUUGGCGCUGGGUUAUUACCGUUGGGAUCCGCUACUGGCUGAGCGCUUGGUUUUACGGUGGGACAACCACGAAGGCGACGCCGAGGUGGAAAGAGACCUCCCUAGAAAGAGAGACAUAGAGAGAGGAGAGAAAGAGGUGAGCGAGGCAAUGGAGGAAGACAUGGUGGAGGAUACUGAGAAUGCGGCGGCGGAGGAGGAGGAGGAGGAGGAGGAGGUGGAUUACAGUUUCACGGUGUACGAAAUUGACCUCGACUACGAGUUCGACGCGGCUCGCUUCUUCGAUUUUAGCCGGGACGAGUCGCCUCUGGAGGCGCGCCAGGCGGAGCUCUGGUUCGAAUCUGCCGGAAGUUAUCCUCCGUCGAGCCUUAUGGAGAUGUUAGUCCCAAGAGAGGAUUUAUUCAUGGAAGCCAUGAACCUGUCUAAGAGUGACACAGAUGUUGAGACAGAUCAUGAAAUUUCUGCUACGGAGCUGAAUUGUCGAGGAGAACGGCAAGAUAAGGGAACAUCCACCUCACAUAUUCAUAGCCAGCAAAAGUUUCAGAAUCAAUCCCAAAAGUUGCGCUCAGGGUUGGCCUUUUACAAUUCUACUGUGAAGACUGAAAACCCAGAAAGCCAAACCAAGAUUUCCAAGAAACAUGCUUUCCCAAAGAGUUCAACUCUUAUGAAACCAACAGCAAGUCAGCUAGCCAAGCAAAAUCGUCCUUUCCAAGCUAUCAAUUCUAGGUCACGUGUGGCUGUAUUGGAUAGAACCUCUAAAAAUGGAGCUAAUACGUGUGUGGUUGAGAAUCAAGCUGCAAAAAGACAAAAGCUUGAGGGUGGUCUCCUGCGGAAGGUUAUGGGUACAGCACAGCUGCAACAGACUAAUUUUGUUCACAAGGCAUCCAAGAGGGAUGAACUCCUGCAUGGUAACAUAACUCACACUAAGCCAAGGAUCACUAUUCCAAGAGACCCGGAUCUUGAAACCACACACAGGGCGCAAAGGACUAGGGAGAAAAGUAAUAUAGAUGAAAAUUUGACAACAACGUUUCGCAGAUUUAAAGCUCUACCACUGAACAGAAAAAUUCUUGAAGCACCUUCAUUGCUUCCGAAGAGAAGAACUCCUCGUUUACCAGAUUUUCAAGAAUUUCACUUAAAGACAUCAGAGAGGGCUCUGCAACAUAGCUCAGGAAUUUUGAAGUCCACAGCUCCUUUGCAUGAUUCUAACAAGGACUUAAACAAGUUCACGACUAACUUAACUACAGAUUAUGGAAGCAGAGAUCCUGGAAGGCCAAGCAUGAUUUGUAGUAAUGCUUCAAAUCCAGAUGGCUGCCAGUCAUCUCGAAGCUUCAAAGCUCUUCCCCUCAAUAAGAAGAUACUAUCGAGCAAGGGAGACAUUGGAAUUUUCCGGAACUGGAAAAAGGAAUCCACAGUGCCAAUGGAAUUCAAUUUCCAAACUGAUAAGAGAUUUCAUAAUAAUCCUCCAAUCGAGCUAUUCAACAAGCUCUCUUUGGCGUGUGAAUCACAACCCGAACCCAAGGCACCUUGGUCCAUGAGUACACCAGCAAAGGGGCCAAAAGAGAACAGCUGGGGCAGCUUCCAGCAAGGAUAUCAGAUAAAAAACCCUGCAAAACCGAAACUGCCUUUGUUUGGAGCAACGCAGAAACUCAACACCAUUGAGGAAAAAAUUGAAGUCAGCUUUGUUAACUGGAGCAAGCCCAUCCGGUAA